AUCUCGUCUCGUUUCGCUCUCGUAUUCUCCAACCCUUUUGACUCGAAGACUGAAGUACUUACUUGACCGCCAUUACCAUCUGACAAGACCACCUCCAACUCAACUCCAUUCUUAAGGCUACAAUUUACCCCCAUUGCUUGCUUUUUCAUUCCUUAUUUGAUUUUCCUUCCCUCUCCUUCCUUCUCUCCCUUACGUCUUCUCCCGCCUUUCGUUGCAUAUUACGGAGUACGUUCUUACGAUAUCAUUGCCGUCGUGUAGCCUUGGCCAUUUUGCCCCCUACCAAUUGACGCUCGCCUAGACUUCUCUGCCUUCUUUCCUAUACCUCUGCUUGUCCACUCUUCCCUCUCUUUCCUUUUUUUUUUUUUUUUUUUAAUUUUCAUCCCUCGUCUACUCUGGUCUUUGGCUGUGCAGGUCACGCCAAGCUUCCAAGCUUCUGUUCCCCCUUGAUAUUCUUUCCCUUCCAGCUCCAAAGUUUCCCCUUUCCUUGCUGUUUGGCUCUGCCUCCUGCAUCCUCCUCCCUCCACACCGUCGACGGUUAGGUAUUUUCCUUUGAUAUAGACUGCGGAACUAGUGAUCUGCGAGCGAGCGCCACGUUACAAGCUACCCGAGCCAUCCGAUCGAAUUCAGCAGUGUUGUUCCCAUCGCUGUCGAUGUUGGUCUUGCUGGGCCCUUGGAGCCUCCCGCUUCCUGUCAAAUAAUGCUCUUUAACCUGGGAUUGACGGCGGAUGCGGCAGCAGCCCACGAAAACGACGUUGUCGCCCACCAAUCUGAGUCUCGACCUGCGCGCCAUUCCUCCCCUUCGAAUAUCUCCUUUGCAUUACCUUCCUUGGGACUCGCCAAUAACCGGAACGGCUGGCACAAGGCCGCGCAAGCCGAGCUGUCUCGCAAAGGCUCGCGCGGUGCCAUGUCCCGAGAUGCGGAAGAACCGGGGUCAAGCGACGGAGAGCAUUCGACUGUCGGACCCGCCCUCGUUCGACCGCAGAUCGCCCGUGCACAGUCGGUUAGGAAACAAUCGUCGCGACCUAAGACGUCUUACCAGCUGGCUCAUCCGGCCAGCCAUGCGCGCCACAGGCGGUUAAACUUCCGACCCAAGCUGGUGUUGCAGCUUCAGCGAUUGUCGCAGACUCCGCGCCCCUUGCCGGUCCUCGACGUGUUGCCGUCAACCGUAUACCUGCCCCGACUAGCGCGCAAAUUCCCUACGAUCUUUCGAGGCAAGAAAGGGCUGGGCCCGAAUGACCUGAUCGUUGUCACGAGCGACUUGUACGAACGGACGGGCGGAGACAUCGCAGACAAGUAUCUGAGCUCGGACGACGAGAACGGGGAACAUCGGGAGGUGGUCGCAACGAUAUGCCAGCUCCUCCGGGAAGAUGCGCUGGCGAAGGGCAAAGCAGAGAUCUGCCUCAACCACGGACCGGUGUGGGAAGCGACCCCUCUUACCAACGGAUCAUACGAAUUCGUCGCCGAAACGGAUCGCGGCGUGCAGAUCCUGCGAUGGGUGCUUCGUGGAGGGAAAAACAGGCGCGUUUCGGCUCCUCCGGGCUCGUCGCUCCAGGAGGAAUCACGACGCUUCACAUUCAGUGUGAUCGAUCCUACCACCCGUCGGCACCCGGUCAUCGCGACCAUGACCCGGAACCAUCUCGAAGUCUUCGACGAGUAUUCGAUGCCCACCUCGGGAUUUGCGUCGCCAACGUCUGGCAUGUCGGUUAUCAGCGAUUCUUCCGAGUUGGACACUCCUUUAGAUCGACCGUUGGAUCGAAGGGUGAUUGUAACCGACGAUAACCUGCGAACGUUGAUCAUCAUCACUAGUAUUUGGGUGGCAUUCAGAGAGGGUUGGUCGCAUAACUUUAACUACAAGGAUACCGCCUUGGCUCUCAACCCUAAAAGCCUGUGCUCAUCCCGUCAAACUUCUCCGACAGCCACCAAGGCCGAGAACAACCCACUUCCCUCUAACAAAGAAGUCUUCCCGGACGGCCCCUACAGUAGCCCCAAGCAUCGCAUGUCCGGCUCGCAUGCUUUACCUUCUCGAAGCACCACCCCCUCCGAUCGAACCUUUGCGUACGGAAGCUUAUCCAAGCGCUCCAACUCCACCGGUGCCGCCUUCAUUGAGCGCUCAAACAGACGCGCCUCCAGUGCCACACUCCGGCCGAGCCGGCAUAGUCUACUCUCGAACCCUCGCGAAGCAGCACCCAUUGGGGUGAGCGAAGUCAAUGCCCUCCAGGAAGAGCCGGGGAGUCGCACGACCCGGUCUCACCCCAAGAGACCGGACUUCGAAAAUGAGAGGGACUUUGUGGCCCCUAGCAGGAAGCCCGGCAUACAAAAUGGCACGCGGAAACUCGACGCGUCCAACGAAAAGGCGGCCAAAUCGCUGAAUCGAAAUGCAGAGCCGGCGCCCACUAAAGGGAAACGCCGGCACCGGUUCAGCAAUAUAUUUGACUUUCUUACAAGGAAGAGCGGCGCUCACUAACGAAGAAGCCCGGUGCUUCUCCCUUUGGAAAUUACCGAAAUCUCCGCUGAUGUACAUACCUAUGCAUGUUCAAUUCGUGGCUCCCUCUUGUAGAGGUGAGGAGUUCCUGUGGAAACCCCACAAGACUAUUGAAAUUUUCUUAUUUCUUUGCACAAUUUUUCUUGGGAUUGGAAUGCCGGACACUGGUGUAUGUGGCAUAUGAAUCUGAACAAAACCGAUGCACAGCGUGUCUGUCAGCUCUCGUUAUAUACUUCAUCUAUCUCUCUCAUCUACCUCUCCCCAUUUUUAGCGAUACGAUUACCCAAGACUCAAGAAUGGCGUUUCUUUCCCUUAUUCCUGUGAUCACCUUUGACACACCACCAUGUACACAAUGGAAGCUAUCGUGCGACAACUGCAGCAGCAAAUAUAACCAAACCUAACCAAUAUUCCGUAUUUUCAACGAAAAACUUAAGUACACUACUACCUCGUAGUCUGUCUACCCAGCGCAUCCAACGACUUCGGAAUAUACCUCAUCUCCUUAUCCGUCAACUUCACCUGAAUACUGGCCACAGCCCUCGUUAACCCGCUCCUUGCUGCUCAACCCCACAAUCGGAUUCCCGUAUGACUCAAAAGACCAGGCAAUGGCCCCCUGGACUAAAUUGAUGUUGAUGCCCAGCUUCCUGUCAGCCUGAUCGACGCGGUUGACGAUCACCUAGGUGGUCGGCCUCGGCCUCGCGGCUUCGGACGACGAGCCUCUUCAGCGCUCCGUCCGUCGACUCCCGCAUGACCGGUCGACCGGGAGUUCCACGGCCGAGCCAACACGCCGCGCGCCAUCGGCGACCAGGGCAUCAGGAUCAGGCCCGCUCCGGCGUCUUCAUGGUAGGGCGAUCAUUUCGCGUUUCUUGCUCGUGAGCAGGUUGUGGUAACUAACUAGAUUUGCAUGCUGAUGAAGUGGUGUCAGUCGUUGCGGGCGGCGAUGUUCUGGAGGGUCAUGACUCCCAGGCGGUCGCCAAUGUUUUCAGUCAGUAUAUAUUCUACCACUCCCCAUGAGGCAAAAACGUAGAAUCUUUGGAGAACCCCCCUACUUAACUCAUUAUAUAGGUAUAGUGCCAUGUAAAUCUAGAAACUCUUCUUCUGCUUCUCCUU